GAUGGAUAGAAUGACAGAAGAUGCUCUUCGCUUGAACCUGUUGAAGCGAAGCUUGGACCCAGCAGAUGAGCGAGAUGAUGUCCUGGCUAAGCGACUCAAAAUGGAGGGGCACGAGGCCAUGGAACGCCUGAAAAUGCUGGCGCUGCUUAAACGGAAGGAUCUGGCGAAUCUUGAGGUGCCACACGAGUUGCCUACCAAACAGGACGGCAGUGGGGUCAAGGGCUAUGAAGAGAAGCUCAAUGGGACUCUCAGGCCUCAUGGAGACAACAGGACUGCUGGGAGACCCGGCAAAGAAAACAUUAGUGACGAGCCUGUGGAUAUGAGUGCAAGGCGGAGUGAGCCAGACCGAGGAAGGCUGACUCCCUCCCCAGACAUCAUUGUUUUAUCUGAUAAUGAGGCUUCCAGUCCCCGUUCCAGCUCCCGAAUGGAGGAAAGACUCAAAGCAGCCAACCUAGAGAUGUUUAAGGGGAAAGGCACAGAGGAGCGGCAGCAGCUCAUCAAGCAGCUGAGGGACGAGCUGCGACUGGAGGAAGCCCGGCUGGUGCUGUUAAAGAAACUGAGGCAGAGCCAGCUACAGAAGGAGAAUGUGGUCCAGAAGACCCCAGUUGUACAGAAUGCAGCAUCCAUCGUUCAGCCAUCUCCUGCCCAUGGGGGACAGCAGGGCCUGUCUAAGCUUCCCUCCCGGCCUGGGGCCCAAGGGGUUGAACCGCAGAGUCUGAGAACAUUACAGGGUCACAGUGUCAUCCGUUCAGCGACCAAUACCACUCUCCCACAUAUGUUGAUGUCUCAACGUGUUAUUGCACCAAACCCAGCCCAGCUACAGGGUCAGCGGGGCCCACCCAAGCCUGGCCUUGUACGCACCACAACACCCAACAUGAAUCCUGCCAUCAACUACCAACCGCAGUCGAGUUCUUCUGUUCCCUGCCAGCGCACAGCAUCCUCCGCCAUCUAUAUGAACCUUGCCUCCCACAUCCAGCCAGGGACCGUGAACAGAGUGUCCUCACCACUUCCUAGCCCCAGCGCCAUGACUGAUGCUGCCAAUUCCCAGGCCGCAGCCAAGUUGGCUCUUCGCAAGCAGCUGGAAAAGACGCUCCUGGAGAUUCCACCCCCUAAGCCUCCUGCCCCCUUGCUUCACUUCCUGCCUAGUGCAGCCAACAGCGAGUUCAUCUACAUGGUGGGCUUGGAAGAAGUCGUGCAGAGUGUCAUCGACAGCCAAGGCAAGAGCUGUGCCUCACUCCUGCGGGUCGAACCCUUUGUUUGUGCCCAGUGCCGCACAGACUUCACCCCCCACUGGAAGCAGGAGAAGAAUGGUAAGAUUCUGUGUGAGCAAUGUAUGACCUCCAACCAGAAGAAGGCUCUAAAGGCUGAACACACCAACCGGCUGAAAAAUGCUUUUGUUAAAGCACUACAGCAGGAACAGGAAAUUGAACAGCGACUCCAGCAGCAGGCAGCCCUCUCCCCUACUGCGGCUCCAGCCGUGUCCAGUGUCAGUAAACAAGACACCAUAAUGAGACAUCAUACGCUUCGGCAGGCUCCACAGCCCCAGAGCAGCCUCCAGCGUGGCAUACCCACCUCUGCCCGUUCCAUGCUUUCCAACUUCGCACAGGCGCCCCAGCUGUCUGUGCCAGGUGGCCUCCUCGGGAUGCCAGGUGUCAACAUCGCAUACUUGAACACCGGCAUUGGAGGACACAAAGCUCCCAGUUUGGCAGACCGACAGCGGGAGUACCUUUUAGACAUGAUCCCUCCCCGGUCUAUAGCGCAGUCCAUCAGCGGGCAGAAAUAACGCCUGUCCACUCGUACUGCCCCAGCCUCGAACCCUUUACCCCUCCUCUCCCAUUGCCCCCAACUUCCGUCGCAUGCAGUGCCUGUACUGGUGCCUACCAUACACGGAAAACAAAACCGAGAAACAGAGGACAAACCUAGAAAUCAACAGGAAAACGCGCGCCUGCCCCGCCACCCCUUCUCUCACUGCUGCGGUCCUGCUGCUCUUGUCUUCUCUCCGGUUUCCAUUCACAGUGAGGUGCUCUUCGCCUCUGGUAGAGGUCAGAGUGAGGUCCUGGGGAGACAUCUAAGCCCUCUGACGUGUGUUUCUGAAGUUUUUAUGCUAUAAUUAUUGUCAUUUUUAAUGAUGUUGUGUGUCCUCCCUUUGUUCAGUGGACAGUUAAACCUUUUUAUUUUCCCUCAAUAUUUUUCUUUUUCUCUUUUCUUUUGCUUUUUUUUUUUUUUAAACACAGGUGACAUUCAGAUAAAUGACAGGAGCAUUGCAGGGGGUUCCCCAAAGGGACAUGACUGGGAGUGUUGGGGGCAGAAGUUUUUAAUGCACUUAACGUGGGGGGGUGGGCAUGAAACAGAGGACAUCAGCCCUGGGUAUCUCUGGUCUGGACAGUCUGGGUGGCAGUGUUCGUACUGAAGUUGGGCUCUAAGAAUGAGGGGAAAGAGCCUGGAGGGAGAAGCUUUAACCCACAGAAAAGGGGAUGAGGGACAUGAGGACAAACGUAGUGUUCAGCCAAGAGGGAUGGAGGCCGGUCUUGGCCUCCUGGAUGCUCUCCUGGUCCCAGUGGAGAUGGAAGUCUUUUCCAGGUCAACUGGCCCAAAAUUAUUUCAUCUUAUUUUCUUUGUAAAAUUCUGCUCCCCCCCCCCUUUUAAUCCUGAUCAGCUCCUGGCAAGAGGGAAGCGCAGCUCCAUCUGUAAUGUGGCUGUUCCAGCCCAAGUUAGCCCGUGUCCUGGAAGUUGGGCCGGGCAUGGUGAGGAAGACAGAGGAGGAAAGAGAUAUAGACUGGGGGUGGAGGGGAAGAAGGGCUUUCUCUCCCAGCAGCUGAGACCCAUCCGUCUUUCCGACCACCCUCAGUGCCGGGAGCAGAGGGCAGGGAGGCCUGAGCAGCCCAGAGUCCUGCCCCCAGCCUCCUGCACGAAGUGCUGCACCAACUGCUCGGAGCCAAACAGCUCUCGUCAGGACGGGCUCUGGACCUCUGUGCAAAGUAGCUGUUGCCUCCCCGCCCCCCCCCCCAGAACCCUAUUAGUUUUCCUUUUGUGGUGUUUUCAGCUUUUUCUUAAGCGCUACUAAUGUCGAGAAUGAACUGAAUUGUGCAAUGUUGCUGUUCUGAGGUCAGGGGAGGUUUGCAUCCCAUCUGCCCACACCCGGGGGCAGGGGGCGGGGACCAGGCUGGUUUUGAGGUAAGGGAAGCCCCUUCAAGGCGGGGGUUUGUGCUCUCCUGUAAUGUUCGCUCACCUGCCUCUGCAGCCCUAGAAGCUGCCAGAGUGCGAGGAAGGGGGGAAGGGUUACUUGGAGCAGAGAGGUGUGAAGACUGGAGUUUAGCAUUUUGCCCUUAAAGCCACCUGGAAAAAUUCCCCCACUUUUAUUUUAAGAAAUUAAAUAAUUCUUUUAAAGUAAGAAGGCACUUUUAAAAUGAAUACACACAAACUGCACACCUUCCCCAUAAAGUUUGGGGGUUGGGGUGGAGAAGGAGUUGGGAUCAGGCUCAGUCCCCCUCUCCCAUACCCCAGAGCCACUGCGGGUUACGAUACUGGCCCUACGGGCCUCCCUGGGCUUUUUCUUUUCUCCCUUCCCCCAGAUUCCUUGAGCACUUAGUAAAGGAGCAGAGAGAGAGCCUGUGUCUGGGCUCCCCCGGUGGUGAAGUGAUCAAAGCUGGAUGCUAGUGACAGAUAGUGAUGGGGUUGCUUGGGGUAUUUUUCAGGGGGCAUGUGGUACCCCUGACUGUAAGUGAUGGGAGAGGGAGGGGGGUUAUGAAACUGGGUCUGGGGUUAUUUUAAAAUUAUAUAUAUAUAUAUAAAGAUAUAUUCUUACAUCUUUUCUUUGCCCUCUGUGCUUUGAAAGCACUGGAUAAAUCGUUUGGUUUUGCUUUUCUCUCUUCCACGAAAUUGGAAGCUCCUCCCUCCCCAAGUCAUCUUGCCUUGUGGCAUGUCUGUCUAGCCUCUUUCUCCCCGCCUGCCAUGAUGAAGUGCCAUUUCUGUUAUGUCUCCCCUGCCCCAGUUCGGAGGUACCAGGUGCCCAAGUCUGUCACUUGAGAUUAGAAGUAAGGAACAGAGAAUGUGCAAUACCGUCUGGUUGGGGGCCAUCCCUGCCCUGAGCUGAGCCUCCUUCCUGGGAGCCAGGCCACCUUUGAAUGGGGUUUGGAAGUAGGAUGUGUAGAUGAGAGGGGAGUGAUGGGGAAGGAAUGCCCAGCCGAGUGCCUGCCAGGGUGCUGAGGCGAUGGGGGAGGACGGGGGGAGCCUUCCCUGCUUCUGUCUCCUCAGGCUCAGUUGCAUAGAGGCUGCUUGUUGACUAGUAUAGCUCUGUGACCCUUUGCUCAAUCGCUGAGGUUUGAUUUCUUACCCCUCCUCCCCAUUUUCAUACCCUUCCCUGGGAUUAGUGAUGGGGGUGAGUUUUCCUUAAUCAUGGUAUUAGCCUUCCACCUCCUCCCUUGCUCCCCACCCCCAUCCUUCUGUCUUCCUUAUAUUUCUAGUUUUUCAUCACUGAUCACCUUGUGUCCCUCCGAGUCUCUUGUUGCUUUCCAUCCCCAGGCUGGGCCCCUAGACACUAAACCUCAUGCCUAAAGAUAGGAGGAAAGAUGCUCUGUUCAGAGCUAUCCUCUCCCCCAGAGCUCUGAAGCUCAGGGGACGACUAGAAUGAGGAUCCCCCUGGUUCUUCCUGGCGUCCUCCGUACCAAAGGCUCUCCAAGUAGUCAUUGGUGGACAGGGGCUUGCUCUCCAGACGCCCGAAACGGGUAGAUGAGCAGGAAAGCUUGGGUAAAGCUGAGGGACAGAAGUCCUCAUUUGUCAAUUUUUUUUUUAAUUUUUAAUUUUCAUUUUCUGUUUUUGUCAUUUGACCACAGCAUCUGGACUUUCUCCAUCCCCAGAAUAGGUAUUUUUCCACAUUUUUGGAUGUACGUAUGGUAGACAAUUUUUUUUAAGACACAAAGGUAAAUGUUUUCCUGCUUUGGUUACCUGUCCCCCGAAGGACUUCGCUAUAGCGCCGCUCUGUAAAGAUGCUUCUUGGUGUUUUACUUUUGUCCCUUUCCCCGAGCACCCCUCCCCUAACCCUCCUCUCCACACCACACCCACCCCACCCGGCCCUAGGCUCCCCUGCCCUCCAACAAGACCUUCAUUAGCUUAUGAUACUUGCUGCCGAGAUGUUAUAACAAGGACUCAUUCGUGUAUAUAAGCUAUUUCUUGAUCCAUUUAAAAGGAAUUGUACAUUGUGUAGAAAAAAAAAAAAACUGAAAAAGAGAAAAAAAAGCCCUCGCCAUGGAUAUUGUGAAACUGUGUUAUGUCAUUUUGUAAUGUGCCCGUUUGUGUAUGAUCCGUGCAAAAGGGUUUCUGGGGAAGGGGCGGGGGUAGGGAGGCAGGGCUGUGGAGGGUGGGGCGGGGAGUGGGCCGGGCCCAGCACACUGAGACUGGCAGCUGCUCCAACCCCAUCCCUCCUUAGAGAUGCCACCUCCCCCACCACCCACCCCUGAUUUGUGCCUUGCCUCCCCGCCCUGGAGUAGUCCUCCAGGUCACCAGCACUGCCUUGGCAGAGCCCACUCCCUACCCUAACCUGCCCACCCUCCCCACACCCCAGCAUUAGGUGGACCCUGUGGGGAAGUGCUGGGGGUCGGGAGGUAGCCGAGGAAUGGGGCAGUUCCCGGGGGCAUUGAAACCAAGUAUUAUUAUGAAUUGUAACUGUAUUUGCACUGUUUUUUUUUUCCUCUGAUUGCAUCAGCAUAUAUACAAUAUACCUAUAUAACAAAA